GUAAUAGCGGCAGCGGCCGCGGCGGCAAAUAGUUUCAGUUUUACAAAUUUCAAGAUCUAUUCAAGUCCAAGAAUAUAGUGGAGUCAGUGCGAGUCCUACGCAUCGCAGAGUUAAAAGUUAAUAGGCUAAAGCAUUUAGUUUCUAACGCAGCGAAAUCGGUAUUUUUCUAUUUGGAGCCUACACCAUACAGUCGAUGAAACAUCAGUGAUUUUUUUAGUGGUUUUAGUUCAUUUUGUGCGUUUCGUUAUUUAUCCAAGAUGUCCUUUUGGUCCUCGAUAACAACCGGCUUAAGAAACUUUGGAAGCCGAAUUGGAGAGUUCUUUGGUAGAAAGAAAAAAGAGGUGGACAAGGAGGCGGAGUCGAUAGAAAACGCCACUGAAGUAAAAGCUCAGAAAGUUGUAGACAGAGCGGAAGAUGUGGCACAAGACGUCAAAAAUGCAGCCCAUAAUGUUGCUGAAGAUGCCAAGAAUACAAAAAAUGCCUUAAAUGAAGAACUCAACGACCUUGGAAGACAAACUCAAGAAGCUGCUAAAGCUGCGAAACGAGAAGCUGAAGCAAACAUCCAUAAAGCGGUCGACGACAAACUUAAACAAGCUGACAAUGUAGUAAAAAGUACAGUCCAAAGUGCAGAACAAAAAUGGAAAGAAACUGAGGCACAAGUUGCCCAACGAGUAAAGGAAACAGAAGAAUUUGCUGAGGCAAAAAGGCGAGAAUUGGCAGAAACUUUGAGAAGAACUGGACAGAAUAUCGAUAACAAUCUCAGCAAUGCUGCAAUUACAGCAGAGGCUCAUAAAAAUGCGUUAGCAGGAAAUCUUCAUCAAUUUGGAAGAAACGUGGACGAUCAUCUACACCAUACGGGAGACCAGAUUCAUAAAGAUGGUCAGAAUAUUGCUUCCGGCCUCCACAACAUUGGGCAUCAUAUUGAUAAUAAACUUCAUGAAGGUGCUGUUGCUGCAGAAUCUGGGCGACAACAUUUGGGAAAUCAAUUGCAUCAUACAGGAAUGACACUGCAACAGGGUGGCCACAACUUCUCGCUCGGUGUGCAAAAUAUCGGUCAAAAUAUUAACCAAAGCUUAAACAAAACUGCAGAAAGUGCACAAAAUGCAGCCCAUAAAACAGCCGAAGGUGCUCAAAAUAUCGCAAAAGAUAUCGAUAAUAAAUUGAAACAAACAGCAGAGGGAGCUCAAAAUGCUGCAAACAAAACAGUAGAUGGUGCUAAAAAUUUAGCACAAAAUGCAGCCCACGGAAUCGACAAUGUUUUGCACAAAACGGCAGAAGGUGCACAAAACGCAGCACAUAAAACAGUCGAUGGAGCUCAAAAUAUAGCAAAAAAUAUUGAUAAUAAAUUAAAACAAACAGCAGAAGGUGCACAAAAUGCAGCCCAUAACACAGUAGAAGGAGCUCAAAAUGUGGCAAAAGAUAUUGAUAAUAAAUUGAAACAAACAGCAGAAGGAGCUCAAAAUGCUGCAAACAAAACAGUAGAUGGAGUUAAAAAUUUAGCACAGAACGCAGCCUAUGGAAUCGACAAUGCUUUUCACAAAACGGCAGAAGGUGCACAAAAUGUAGCCCAUAAAACAGUCGAAGGAGCUCAAAAUGUGGCAAAAGAUAUUGAUAAUAAAUUGAAACAAACAGCAGAAGGAGCUCAAAAUGCUGCAAACAAAACAGUAGAUGGAGCUAAAAAUUUAGCACAGAAUGCAGCCCACGGAAUCGACAAUGCCUUUCACAAAACAGCAGAAGGUGCACAAAAUGCAGCCCAUAAAACAGUCGAAGGAGCUCAAAACGUGGCAAAAGAUAUUGAUAAUAAAUUGAAACAAACGGCAGAGGGAGCCCAAAAUGCUGCAAACAAAACAGUAGAUGGGGCUAAAAAUUUAGCACAGAACGCAGCCCACGGAAUUGACAAUGCCUUUCACAAAACAGCAGAAGGUGCACAAAAUGCAGCCCAUAAAACAGUCGAAGGAGCUCAAAACGUGGCAAAAGAUAUUGAUAAUAAAUUGAAACAAACGGCGGAAGGAGCCCAAAAUGCUGCAAACAAAACUGUAGAUGGAGCUAAAAAUUUAGCGCAAAACGCAGCCCACGGAAUCGACAAUGCCUUUCACAAAACAGCAGAAGGUGCACAAAAUGCUGCAAACAAAACAGUAGAUGGAGCUAAAAAUUUAGCGCAGAACGCAGCCCAUGGAAUCGACAAUGUUUUUCACAAAACCUCAGAAGGUGCACAAAAUGCAGCCCAUAAAACAGUCGAAGGAGCUCAAAAUGUGGCAAAAGAUAUUGAUAAUAAAUUGAAACAAACGGCAGAAGGAGCCCAAAAUGCUGCAAACAAAACAGUAGAUGGAGCAAAAAAUUUAGCGCAAAACGCAGCGCACGGAUUUGACAAUGCUUUACACAAAACGGCAGAAGGUGCACAAAACGCAGCCCAUAAAACAGUCGAAGGAGCUCAAAAUGUAGCAAAAGACAUUGAUAAUAAAUUGAAACAAACGGCAGAAGGAGCUCAAAAUGCUGCACAGAGGACAAAAGAAGGUGCACAAAAUGUAGCUAAAAAUAUUGAUAAUAAAUUAAGAGAUGCGGUUGAAGGAACACAGGAAGCAACUCGUAAAACUGUGGACGGUGCUCACGAUCUUGCAAAUAGUGCAGCAAUGGGAGCGAAGAAUGCUGCUCAAAAGACAGCCGAAGGUAUCCAGAACGUGGCUCACGAAACAGUAGAGGGUACCCAAAAUUUAGCAAAAAAUAUUGAUACUAAACUAAAAGAAUCUGCCCAGAAGACUGCUGAAGGAGCCCAGAAUGUUGCAAAAAAUGUCGACAAUAAAAUGCAUGAGGCUGCGGAAGGUGUGAAAAAUUUAGGACAUUCUAUUCAAGAUAAAUCUAGUUCUGCACUUCAUGAAGCAGAUGCUAAACUUAAAGAUGCAGGACAGAAUAUUCAAAGCGCAUUUGUGAAUACUACGAAAAGUGCAAACGACUUUGCUAACCAAAAAAAGCAAGAAAUUCAGGGUGGACUCCAACAAUUUGGUCACAGCAUAGACAACAAAUUAGCAGAGACGGGGAAAUUAUUCCAGAAUAAGAUGCAGGACUCAGCUAAUUUCUUAGAUAAUACACGACACGAUUUAAAACAAGAAGCCGAAGAAAGUAAUAAAAGAAUGCACGCAGAUUUGGACGAUGCAGCAGAUGCUGCUAAAAAUAUAUUUGGAAAGGGAUUAUUCUCUAAAAAAUAAAGAUAUUCUUCAGAGAAAAUCAAGUGAGAGAUGUGUUAUGGUCAAUUACAAAUAGGUCCAAGAUGUUAUAUUUGUUGUUAAUUUUAUAAGAUGUUUGUGUUAGUAAACGCUACAUUAUUUAUUUUUUACACAGCUUACAAUUUGUUUCCCUAUUAAACAAAACAGGUUGCAAGCAAAAUGGCCUAUGUGAAUCAGGUAAUCAAUCGAUGAUGCCCUAAAAUGGAUAUAUCUAGUACUGUUAAGAUGUAAGAAAAAAUCCAGAAAUGUUUAUAAAUAGUUUUCAUAUAAUAUUAAUUACUUACGGGGAUAUAGCACUAAUUUUAUAAUCCAAGUUUAAUUUGUAUAAAUGACAACGUCAAGUAACAAGAGUCCAUUUCGGCUUAAACGCUAGAGCUUUAUUGCGGUCUUAUUAAUAUUAACAAACUGCUAUCCAGCAUAUCCAAUAGAGAAAGUUAUUGCUAUAUUUAUAUAAGAGCUUAAAAAAAGAAAUGCACAGAUCUAUAUGUACCUAAGAUAUUUAUAUAAUUGAUAGAAGAAAGCUAGGCAGCAUAAACAAUACAAAAAAAACGUAUGUGUCUACUUACAUGUAAUUUUACUUGAUGUUUAUGAACACAGCUUAUAUAUUUUUUAUAAAAACCUUAAUAUCACAAUAGUGUCAAUGCCUAUAUCAAACAGACCGAAUAUUGCUAGGGUAUCACCUUCGGUAUCAACCAAGUCUAAACUGCCUUUACUUGCAUAGUACAUGCCUAAAUAGACCGCCUGUCUAGCACAGUGGGUAGAGUUUGUAUUAAAUAAAACAAAAUUAUUAUGUCCGUGGGAUCGGUAUUCAUAAGACGUGAUGCAGUCGUUCUGAUACAUAAGAAAUUCGAAGUGUACCUAAAUAUACAAGAUUGAUGCAUCUUUACUGAUUUUAUAUUAAAGUACUUCGAUAAUAACAGGAUUACCGUAUUUACUUCAAAACUAAUUGAACCUGAACAUAAAAGUAUAAAAAAAUCAGUUUUUGAUCAGAGAUAUCGAUCAUUAGAUCAGAUAUAAUACAUUAUAUUCACUAUAUCAUAUUUAAUCGUUUACAGCAUGCUCUACCUGUCAUUUUAUAACUUUUCUAUAAAUACUUUAUAAUCAAUCUUGGUAGAGCUAACAUGGAAAUCACCAUUGCGAAGGCUUCUUGAUCUUCUGCAAUAUGGAGUAAUUGUCCUGCAUUUGAUAUCUGAGUCCAUUCACGAGUGUUUUUUAACCAAGAAACUUGUUUUCUUCCUACACCUCUACGGCCCUCUAUUUUGCCUUUAAAUAUCAGUUGUAAUAUUUGAUAUCGACUUCCACUUACUAUAUGGACGUAGUAAGACAUAUUUCGAUGUUUAACAGUCUUUAGCAGUUCUCUAUCUUGGUUGACGCUCCUUAGUACUUCUUCAUUAGUUUUCCUUGCUGUCCAAGGUAUCUUCAGAAUUCGUCUAUGAACCCACAUUUCCAAUGCUUCAAUUUUGUUUAUGAUCGAUACUUUUAGCGUCCACACUUCUGCACUAUACAAAAGUACGGACCAAACAUGGCACUUAACCAUUCUUUGUCUUAGUUCUAAACUGAGAUGAUUUGGAUGAUGAUGAUGAGAUGACUCCACGUUGGAGAUUUCAUCGGUGUAGUUAUCUCCAAUUUUUACGACAGCAGUUUGAUUCCAGUACAAAUUUUUAAUGGCACGAAUAUCCUUGUCAUCUAUUUCGAUACUUUUCAGUAUUUGCAUUAAUUUUACAUGCUGUACUUUAUCGAAUGCCUUUUCGAAGUCCACGAAACAUACAAAUACAUAUUUUCUUUGAUCACAAAGGAAACACAUUGGUCACAUUGGAAAGUAUACAGGCAAUAAAUAUUAGAGCAGCAUUAAAGCAUAGCAAUAUUCAAAAUUUAUUUAGAAUAAACUCUAGUAAUAUGGACAAAAAACAAUGAAAAUGUAUGUAUACCAUAUUCUGCGAACGAAAGCCAUAUAUCAUAUACAAGCAAGAUAUAAAAUACCAUCUUCUCUUCAUGAAUUCCUGCAGUAUUUCUCAUAUAGAUCUAAAAGUUUAACAGAAACAUUUCACGUGGCACUUAACAUUGUAGAUUAUAGAUAAAGGGAUUGUUUCGCCUUGUAGACCUUUUCACACUGCGACAUCUUUUGUAUAUAGGCUACACCUCUGCGCUUGCUGUCGAGUUGAAGAAAGACCUCGAUCUUUGAAUAGAGAACUUGCUUUAACAGAUACUUAAACAGUUCCCUAGCCGCGCUGGUCAUGUUCGCUCGCUGCAAAUUUUUCGGUCCAUACUGAUUUUUAAUGGUUUCUUUAAUAUAUAAUAGUUUCUUUAAUAGCUUCUUUAUCUUCGGAAGUAUAACCUGUACCGAAAUCCAGUUUCAUAGUUUCCGGAUGACUGAGUCUGCUUUGUUUACUUGUUCCUGUUUGUCAAUUCUUAUCCGGAGAGAAGCUAGAGAGUGGAUUAUUACUUACGGUAGAUGCACGACUGCCAGGAGAAGGCUAAUAAAACUUUAAUGUCAUGUCAUAUAAGAAGGUGGGCCACUUGGUCAUGCUCACCUCACAGAAUUGUCGACCACGAUCAACCAUGAAAGACACAUCCUCUCUACCACGACAGAGUCUCACGGUUUUAGAAAAAGACUUUAAAAAGAUUCUGAUAAUUAGUAAAAACCCAAGCUCAUUUAUGAAGGCUUUUAGCUUAAAGCUUAAUUUUAUAUUUUAUUCAAUAGCUCAAACAUUAGAAUCGGUCAGAUGACUUUAGUUAAGGCAGCUUUACAUCUAGGCUAUGCAAGUCUCAUGCUAUGCAAGUCCGUCUUGCAUGGCACAUCUCUUGCCUAGCUUGACCUUUUUACAUCAGAGAUAUUUCUGUGCAAUUUUAGAUCCCACUUUCAUUGUUGCCAACAGAGAAAAUAUUUAUCAAUUUGAGGUUAUUUUAUUUCAAAUAAAAAAUAUAAUUAAGUACUAAAAUAAAUAAUAUAAUAAAUAAAUAUACACUAUUUAUGGUUAUUAAAAGGGUGAAGGAUGUCAACCAAAGAAAAGAAAACAUUGUUAUUGUUGAAUAUUGCUGUUGUAGCAACAAUCAUCCAUAGUCAACGACUCACCCAGUCGUUUUUACAUUGACUUUAGAUAUAGUAUAUCUAUUUAUCACCACUUAAUAAACUUAAUUUAAAUCAAAACACAACAAUACACAUGUGGGUUAAGGGACGCUAAAGAUAGAGAUAAGGUUAUGUUUUAUUCUGUAACAGAAUCUAUUAUAAAUUGUUAUGUUGGCAACAUGAAUGUUAACGAUAAAUUGCAUGAAAAAUAGAACAUGUUCUAAUUUUUCGUCUAGCACAGGAAUUGCAUGGAAAUAGCCCGUGGGCAUGCGCAGUUCCAUGAUCUGUCUUGCAUGGCUCUUGCCUAGCAUGAAAAUAGCAUAAUGUAAAACUGUCUUUAUGUUACUUAAUAAUUCCGAUAUAUCGUCCGUAUAUCUUACAUUGUUCAAUAAAAUCAAUAAUAAAAAGCUAUUAGUUGGGUAGAUCAAAAAGUUAUUACAUUAUUCUUUUGUAUCUUGUAUCUUGAUUUUUCAUUAAUUCCGUUUUUGAAUAAAAUGGAAUUUAUGAACAAUUUCGAUCAGCAAACUAACAAAUAAGGAGUUGGAAGGAAAAAUAUUAAAUAUGCGUAUAUCACCACCAAAGACGAAUUACAAAAACAAAAAACUUUGUAUCAGCUAUAAGUGUUAAAUUGUAUUGAUCUAGUCUAGACUAAAUAGCCAAAUGUACCUAUUAAUCAAGGCCGUAUAUAAUAUUCAGAAAAACUAGGAGUUGUAUGUUUGAACAAGGUAUAUGAAUGGUUGAUAAACCGUUGGUGAUACCUACGAAUUAAGUAUUACUGGUUUCUGGUCGGUGCUACGAAUAAGUCUGAUUCAUACUAGCAGCUUUAGCAUUAUAGAAAAAAUUUGAAUGAAAAAUCAACGAAAGCUAGCGAUUAUGUGAGAUUUGGUAGGUCAGAUAGCAAAUAGAACAACUUAUAAUAGAAACAGAGCUAUUUUAAAAGUUUUCAGCAGUUGUAGUUGCGAAACAAUACGUAUUAUUGUAUUACAGUUCUUUCUUCUUAUUAUUGCACAGUCUCCUUUAGAGCAAAUAAGUAUAUCUUCUUCUUGCAGUACCGUCUCCUAUCGGAGGUUGGCUACCAUCACAGCAAUCUUUACUUUGUUGGCUGCAGCUCUGAACAACUGUAUUUAACUGCACCCAUACCACUUCCUUAAAUUUCGCAACCAGGAAAUCCUCCUAAGUCCCACAUUUCUCUUUCCAGGAAAUCCUCCUACAUCCCACAUUUCCAAUAAGUAUAUAUUGAUCGUUAAUGCCAUUGUCACUGCACGAGUGCCUACCUUCUCCAGAUAACAGCUAGCUCUCAAGCGUGAAAUAGUAGGAGGAAUUCAUUAUACAGUCUUCCUAGAUAAAGAACUAAAUAAAAAUGUAGAUACAUAACAUUUUCAAAUGCGUAUUCUAACACUUUCGUGUUGAUACCCUCCUACCUAUUUAAUAAACGAACUGUUUUAAGUAUUUUUAUAUGUGAUUAGGAUUAUGCAAAAUUGCUAUUUUGCUACGCAUAAUUUUUAAUGUACCUUUAAAAUGUUUUGUAAUAUUUUAUAUUUAAAUAUUGUAAUUAUGUUAUAAAAAUGUACCAAUUGCUUGCAAAAUAUAAACUAUGUGUAAACAUUAUUUGAGUA